GCGUGAGAAAUAAGAGGAUUCUAUAUCGAUAUAUAGUAAUCCCUGUUGUGUUUUUGUCGCGUUUCUUACCAUUUAAUUUUUCUUUCAUCGUGCUGAUUUCAUGCCAUGGCGGACAGUGAAAAGUUUUUAUUUAGUUCAAGAUUAGUUAGAUUGCAGCCUAGCUUUUAAAUCAAUGAAAUGCCCGUCCCAGGGGCCAUCCACUUCAACUUUCACUUUGUUGCCCACAUGGCCUGCUUGAUUUUCUAAAUUGUUCCAGUUCAUCUGGGCCCUGUUCAACUUUUAAGUGUCUGUGGUCGCCACGGCUCCCAAGCCCAGUUGUUGCUUUAGCUGUCAAACAAGGUCAGCUGUUCAGGUGGCUCUGCCAUGGCUCCGGGGCCCACACCAGAAGUCUAUGUGCCUCCAGCCAAACCGUCACUGGAGAAUCUCACAAAGGACUUUGGCAAAAUUAGCAAAACUCAGAACAAGGUGCUGCGGGCUCUGUCGCAGCCUCACAUAGAGGCCUAUAACGAUGUCGUGGAGAGGGGCCUCACCAUGUCGCUGGCCUCCAUACCGCCGGUGCAGUUUGCCCUCCCGGACAACACCAAGGUCGCUCUGCGCGUGCUGGGUGGCAGGAUCACCGCCCCGCGUGUACCAAUGUCUAACGUGGGCGCCACAGACGCCCGUGUAUUCCCGAGCGAGGCACGCACCGGUCUGAGGGACUACACCGGGCAGCUGGUGGCGCACUUUGCCGUGUCGGUGAACGGGGCCACGUGCAUCGCCAUGGACCGGUCCCUGGGAGAGGUGCCCGUCAUGGUCGGCUCGAAGCUGUGCCACCUCCACGGCCUGUCUCCGGCCGAGCUGGUCCGACGCGGAGAGACUGACUCGGAGUUCGGCGGCUACUUUAUCAUACGCGGACAGGAGCGGCUGCUCAGACUGCAGGUGGCCACCCGGCGCAACUACCCGGUCUGCCUGACCCGCACCUCGUACAAGAGCUACGGCAGUCUGUUCACCGAACACGCCGUGCAGAUGCGCUGCAUGACAGACGAUCACUCGCUGGCGAUGAACGUGAUGCACUUCCUGAGCAACGGCAGCGCCAAGUUUAUCUUCCGUUACCGCAAGGAGCGGUUCUGCAUAUCGCCCAUCCUGGUGAUCCGGGCCCUGAUGGACAUCACCGACAGAGACAUCUACCGGCGGCUGACCGAACCAGGCGACUCCGACUACUACAGAAACUGUAUCGCCACAAUGCUGCGGGACGUGCAGUCGGAGGUGGCCACUCCUCUCACCAGUCAGCUGAGCGUGCGGCGCUACCUGGGAGCCAUGUACCGGGGAAAGCUGCUCGGCAGGGUACCCGACUGGGAGCCCGAUGAGGCCGUCUGCGACGCGCUGCUGCAUGACACGGUGCUGAUCCACCUGAACUCCGGCGAGGACAAGGUCAACGUGCUCUGCUUCAUGAUCCGCAAACUGUUCGCCUACGUGCGCAAAGAGUGUGCUCAGGAGAGCGCCGACAACCCCAUGCUAUGGGAAGCGCAGCAGGGCAGCUACAUCUACCAGCAGGUGAUCAAGAACAAGGUGCAGAUGUUCUGCAGCAACUUCCGACUGGUGAUGGUGAAGCGCUACAACAAGAACCCCACCGAGUACAACAUCACUGAGAUGGAGGUAGCCCACUGUUUCAAGCAGCUCAACCCGAUCGGUGCCAUGGUGCGGUCAUUCGUCAGCACUGGUAACAUCCCUGCUCUGCCCAACAUCAUCUGCUCGGACAACGUGGGCCUCUCGGUCCCGGCGGAGAAGAUCAGCUACACGCGCUACAUGUCGCACUUUCGGACCAUCCACCGCGGCUCGUUCUUCUCCACCAUGCGCACCACAGCGGUGCGGCAGAUGCUUCCAGAGGCCUGGGGUUUCAUCUGCCCGGUACACACGCCGGACGGCGCGCCGUGCGGUCUGCUCAACCACCUGACCACCACGUGUCACGUGACGGCCGGCCAGCCGGACCGCGCCGCCAUCACGGCCACCGUCACGGCGCUCGGCGUCACGCCCGUCACGCAGCCGCGGCCCGCCAAACAGUGUUACACGGUUCUACUGGACGGAGCCGUGAUUGGGUUCGUCAGCCACGCCGCCGCGCCGCGGCUCGUCAACAAACUGCGGCACAUGAAGUGUCACGGAGAGGUGUACCAGUACCUGGAGGUGGCGCUGAUCCCGGCCCGCGGGCCCGGCGGACAGUACCCCGCUCUGUACCUGUACUCGAGCGACGCGCGCCUGAUGCGACCCGUGCUGAACCUCGCCUGUCAGAAGGUGGAGUACAUCGGUACACUGGAACAGGUGUACAUGAACGUGGCCGUCAACCUGCGAGAGGUGCCCACGGAGUCCCUGGCGCUGUACUCUCACGCGGAGCUGGCGGACACCUCGCUGCUCUCCAGUCUCGGACUGCUGGUGCCGCUCUCCGACCUGAACCAGUCGCCCCGAAACAUGUACCAGUGUCAGAUGAGCAAGCAGACGAUGGGCACUCCGAGACACAACUGGCCGGCCUGCAGCGAGAACAAACUCUACCGGCUGCAGACGCCGCACGCGCCGCUGUUCCGCCCCACCCACCACGACGCGCUGGCCAUGGACGACUUCGGACAGGGCACCAACGCCAUCGUGGCCGUCAUCUCCUACACGGGUUACGAUAUGGAGGACGCCAUGAUUAUCAACAAGCACGCGCAGGAGCGCGGCCUGGCCUGCGGCUUCAUCUACAAGAUGCGGGCGCUGGAUCUGCGGGACCACAACCGACAGAACGCACCCGUGGUGAAGGUGUUCCGGCGUGAUGACGCGCACGCUGAGCGGCUCUCCGACUAUCUGGACGAGGAUGGCAUCCCUCACGUGGGCAUCCUACUGGAGAAGGACUCACCCAUGAGUUGUUCAUACAGCCUGGAGGAGGACAAGUUCCACGUGACCCGCUACAUGGACGAGGAGCCGGCCCGGGUGGACUCGGUGAAACUUCUGGGUGACCCCGGCGGCUCGGAGAUCCUGCAGGUCGUCAUGCUCAUACUGCGGGUGGAGCGGAAGCCGACGGUGGGUGACAAGUUCGCCAGUCGCGCCGGCCAGAAGGGCAUCUGCAGCCGACUGCACGCCACUGAGGACUUGCCGUGGACGGAGAGCGGCCUGGUGCCCGACAUCAUCUUCAACCCGCACGGAUUCCCCUCUCGAAUGACCAUCGCCAUGAUGGUGGAGUGCAUGGCGGGCAAGGCGGGCGCCGUCAACGGCCACUGUUACGACGCCACGCCGUUCCGAUUCAGUGAGGACAGCACGGCAAUCGACUACUUCGGCCAGGUCCUGGAGCGAGCCGGUUACAACUACUACGGUACGGAGACCAUGUACAGCGGCAUCACCGGCACCGAACUGGAGGCCAAGAUCUUCUUCGGCGUGAUCCACUACCAGCGGCUCAGGCACAUGGUCUCAGACAAAUGGCAGGUGAGAAGCACAGGCCCGGUGAACUGCGUCACACGCCAGCCGGUCAAGGGCCGGAAGAAGGGCGGCGGCGUGCGGUUCGGAGAGAUGGAGCGGGACGGGGUGAUGGCCCACGGCACGACGCUGAUCGUGCAGGACCGGCUGUUCAGCUGCUCCGACAAGGCCGAGAUGCACGUGUGCUCGUCCUGCGGCUCGCUGCUGUCCCCCGUUGUGGAGCUGCAGGCUCAGCGGAGCCGGGGUCCGCGCAGCGGCGGCACCGGCCGGCGGCCCGUCUGUACAGUGUGCGACAGCACCAGGGACGUGGUGACCGUCCACCUGCCCUACAUGGUGCUCCACCUGGCCAUCCAGCUGGCCGCCAUGAACGUCAAACUCAACGUGAAGGUCAAGGAACAGUGAGGGGUGAAGGAGGUCGGAGAAAAGUGUCCGAUCCCGGACCGUCAAGCAUGGAGCUCAACUGCCAGGAAAAGAAGCGGUGAGGGGCGAAGAGGGUCAGAGAGUGAACGUCACCUCACCUCCAAAACGUCAGCCUGAAUGUUCGACAAGAAACAGUUAUUUUGUUGAGGGAAGACGAAGAGCGUAACGUCCAUGUCCAGGGUCGGUGAGCAGCCGCCGGAAGGGUCGUGCACCGCGGGUCAGGGAAAGAGAGCCGGGGGUGGAGAGUGGCAUGCCUUCUGAGCGGUGAUCUGUGUGAUAUCGCCGGCUCGACCGCGGGCGAUAACUUGUGAUGCUUGAUGCGUGUCGCCGUGCUGUGGCAGUCGGUUGAUGAGUUAGGAAUAGCCGGGUGACCUGAGAGGACCACUGCGGGAGCCUUCUGUCUCAAGUGGAGAGUCCAUGGCGCUAUAGAAUGUCACUCGAGUAUUGCUGACGUCAUAAGACCACCCUGCGGCGGUGGGUUGACCUCUGGGUGUGUCGGGUCACGCUGCUCGGUGCUUGUUUGUUACGCGAGUUUACCAAAUACAAAUGGCCACAUGAG